CAUACCGCUGAAGUCGAGAUAGAACGUGCCGUGCAUCGUUCAGGUCGGGUGGAUUCUGGAUCAUUCUCUCGCCCCCUCCCCUUCUGCUUCCUGAUGGCUCGUUUCAUGCCCACUCGACCCUCCAGACCAUGUGCUUGCCCCGGUUUUUUCCCAUGCGACGGAUGGGCUCACGGCCAGCCGACUGACCCAUGGGCAACGCCCCCCAUGUCAGCUCCUGGUGGACCGCCUUUUGCUGCAUGCAUCCAAUCGCUAGUCCAGCUGAACCUUGACCUAACCGGAUAUGCCUGUCUCUCCGCUAGUCAGAGGUCGGUCUAAUCUCGCCUGGCAUGGGUCUGCUUUGCCGUGCUAAUCGGGUCGGAACAGUCCCUCUACCACCCUUUAGGUUUGACAAUUCAACCGGCCA